CCGCAAUCUUUCGUGUCCAUUUUCUGACCAACCUCCUCUCCACCACCUGCGUCGGUCGUUCCGCACGAUUCCGAGUACAAAUUAACGUGGGCUCUGCAAAAAUUGAUCUUCUUUGCGUCGGUAAACAUCGUAUACAUCCAGGCACUUGAUCGAUAUUGGGCGGUUAUAAUCUGGUCAUCGGCCAUUCAGAAAGUAUGGCGAAGGCUCUGAUGGCAUUCGCGGCGAUUCUAUUUGUUCUGACGGCUCAGCUGCCUUUGGCGCUCACUUUUUCCACGGGCCCCGCAUUCCUAUGGUCGCCUAAUUUAAAUGGAAAGAAAGGUAUGGUGGAUUAUAGAGUCCUCUCCCCAAGAGAUAUGGUCAAGUCAGCAUUGACGGAUGGUGGAUUGCGGGAAUAUUUGUGCUCAGGGGAGGAAGUUCAACACUCUAAGAAUUUUGCAUUUCUUUUUGUUGGAUCUCAGUUGCAAUCACUGGAUAUAUCGAGACCCUCAAAUAACAAUCCUGCUCUUAUCGACUUGCUCAAGGACUCUUUCUCGAACUCCAAUCUCUCUUUGGCAUUUCCUUACAUUGCUGCUGGAGAGGAGAAUGUGGCCGUAGAAAGUUCUCUAAUUUCGGAGUUGGCCGAGACUUGUCAGCAUGAGUUUGGGAUUGGCAGUAUUGCUUUGGUUGGAGCAUGCACUGUAGAGGGUGAAAACUUUGAUAAACUGGAUCAUAUUGACUCAGUUCAUGACUACUUGAAUUCAAGGAUUGAGAAAUCUGACGGACAUAGGGAUUUGAUUGUGUUGUGCCCUGGAGGUUCAGAAGACUCGGAUCAACCACAUUCUGAGAGCAACGUUCUUUCUCAACUCUUGAAUACUGUGAGUCAAUUGGAUGCAAAAUACAGUGUUCUCUACAUUUCAGAUCCAUUUAGAUCUGCUAGUCAUUUCUCACAUCAGGGGUUAGAAAGAUUUCUUGCUGAAGGAAGCUUGGGAAAUGCAUCAGCUAACUCCACGACUUGUGAUGGAGUUUGCCAGAUCAAGUCAUCUCUGUUGGAGGGAAUUCUAGUGGGAAUUGUUUUACUUGUGAUUUUGAUAUCGGGGCUUUGUUGCAUGAUGGGAAUCGAUACUCCCACCAGAUUCGAGACCCCACAGGAUUCGUGAUCAAUUUCUUAUGAAGGAUACAUAUUUUUUUUUUUCGUGGCUAUGAUUCUGCCUUUUCGUUUCUGUAGAAGAGAUUCCACCUUGAUGAGUCUUCAAUUUAUGUGUGUACCUUAUAUACCUCAAGUAACUAAUCGAAAUAAUUGCAUUGGUUUCUGCCCUGUAAUUUGCACAACGGUUGUGGAUUUUCCGGCUCUUAGUAUUAAAUGUAAAUGAUUUUCCUUAUUUAUAAUUCUUCCGAGUUAUCUUACCUGUUUCGUGUAAGUUAUGUAAGUGACUUCGCAGCUCUAGAUUCUAGCAUGGCUGUACACUGGAAUUUAAUUAACAAUCGCUCUUAGUAUGUAUAAACUCCAUAAUAAUUAUGAUGUAGCUCAGUUGGUGGAGGAAUGUGCUGCAGAAUUUGUGUUACGCUGGCCUUUUAUUUUUC